UUUUGGUAUUUAAAAAAAAAAAAAAGAAAAUCCUCCAUUGUACUCUCCCCAAGUUAAUUGUUGGUGUGUUGUGUGUUAAAUGGCAACUAGAGUUUUUCUAUUCCAGAAUCACAUCACAAAGAUGCGAUUGAACUAGCCAAGAAAUCUUAAAUCACCAUUGAUGUCCAACUAAACAUUCAAGUAUUUCAGGUAUCAAGUAUUUUCAAAUACUUGACUCCCUUUUCCAUCAGACUUCAGAUUAACGAUAGCAUGUGGUUGUAUAUCUGAGAUUUACAACAGCUAUUUUUUAGUGAACUGUGAAUAUCCUAUAUAUGGUUUUCAGUAAGAAUCAGGGAAAAAAAUGCUUGCAUGAAUGUACUUGCACGAGUUGUUUUUCAUGCUGUUGUUCUGAAAAAUAAACAUGACCAACACAUUGAACAGGUUUUGACGGUUAUGAUGUAUUGGUUCUUCAAUUGCAGAAGCAAGUUGUUCCCUGAAUCAGUCAUCAGAAACAUUACCUAUCAGAUAUUACAGGGGCUUUCAUUUGUCCAUGAACAUGGUAGGUCUUUAUUUCAGGCCUGCAGUGUCGUCCCACCCAAAGAACAAGAAUAACUGAGUGUGCACUACAUUAACAAAGUACAGCCUAUACUUUUCUAAAAAUACUCAGCUGCAGAGGGAAUUUCAGGCCAUAGAUGAUUCAAUUGGGCAAACCAUUGGGCUUGCGAGAUGAGUUUAUCUGAAUUGCUUGGUUGUCUCAAAGUUUAAAGGUGUAUGUUCGUGAUUUAAAAGCUGUGAUUAGAUCAGUGGUAACCAACCCAGUUCCCAAAGUUUUACCAUCCUGUUGGUUUUAAUUUCUACCCUAAUUUGGCACGCCUGACUACUAAUUAGCAGCUCAACGAGAUCUCUCUGUGUUGAAUGAGCUUUGUUGGAGUUGGAAUGAAAACUUACAUGAGAGUAGAUCUCCAGGAACUGGGUUGUUUACCACUGGAUUAGAUGGACAUUGCCUGUUCAUCACCUGACUGCUACUGCUUAACUAUUUGCAUUGUCACUGAUUGGAUACACAUGAAGUACACAUAAUUGUUAAGGUGCGUUUCACUUCACUCUUAUAUGAAAAGGCAAAGAACGACCAAAUCUGUUGUUAUACAACAAGCAUUUCAGUUGUGUGUAGGAGUUCCAGCCUUAGGUAUGUAAUCAGUAAUUUUUGUUCAUUGGGAUGGAUGUGAAUCCUAGCGCCGACCUUAAGCUCAUAAUCUGCUGCCUGCGACAAAUGACUGUUUGUCUCUUCCGUGAAAAUGAAAGAAGCGGGGAAUUAGAAGUGGAUGGCUCUAUUUCCUGCCCAGCUGGCGGAUGAUUGCAGCGCAUGACUCAUCCCGUACGGCUGGGCUGGUGCGAUCCGUAAUUAAUGCGGACGGCCGGGCCGCCACACACUCUGUCAGCCGCAUGUCCUCUCUGAAAUCACCUUCCUCAUCCUCUUCUCUCUCCUUCCUGUUUGUUCGUCCACACCUCCGCUGCCAGGGAAAAUAAGCUGUUCAGUGAACAUGAAAUUAGGAACAUCAUGUUCCAGGUGCUGUCUGGCUUGGCCUUUGUGCACAAGCAUGGUAAGACUUCUUCUGGCUCUACUCUCUUCCCCUCUGUCGCUGCGUAUGAUGAGCAUUGCACUAUUGCCGUCAUCAUUAUACCCUAGUCUAUGUCUCUUCGCAUCUUUGAAGACCUUUUCCUCAUCUAGAUUUGUUGAGCUUGCUUUACCAGGGUAUGAAAAGUCCAGGUGUCAUACAGUAAAAGCCCUGCCGUGUAUCUCUUCCACCCAUGAAGCCAGCUGAUUUCACUAAUUAGUUCUACUUCCUGGCUGAAGAAAUGUGCUAAUUAGCAAACCCAGGAUUUUUCCAUCGAGAUAUGAAGCCAGAGAACCUCCUGUGCAUGGGCCCGGAGCUGGUGAAAAUAGCGGACUUUGGGCUGGCGAGGGAGAUUCGCUCUCGUCCGCCAUACACAGACUAUGUCUCCACGAGAUGGUACCGAGCUCCAGAAGUGCUCCUGAGGUCCUCUGCCUACAGCUCGCCCAUCGACAUGUGGGCCGUGGGCUGCAUCAUGGCCGAGCUCUACACCCUCCGGCCUCUGUUUCCCGGCAACAGCGAAGUGGACGAGAUCUUCAAGAUCUGCCAGGUCCUUGGGACAGUGAAGAAGAAUGACUGGCCUGAAGGCUACCAGCUUGCCUCCGCUAUGGACUUCCGCUUCCCUCAGUGUGUUCCCACCAACCUGAAAACGCUGAUCCCCAAUGCCAGCGACGAGGCCAUAACACUAAUGAAGGACAUGCUGCAGUGGGACCCCAAGAAGAGACCCACAGCAGUGCAGGCCCUGAGAUACCCUUACUUUCAAGUGGGGCAGGUGCUGGGCCCCCCCUCCCAGCACCAGGAGCAGCAGAGGACCCAGGCGAAGACGGCCCAGGCCGUGGCUUCCAAGCCCCUCUCCCUGUGCAGGACGGACCUGCAGUCGGCCUCCGAGCCCGUGCUGAAGCUCCAGGCCGAGACUCUGGACGGAGACCACCACCAGCACCAGCACCACCCCCUGCAGCAGAUCCCGCUGCCCCAGGUCUUCGCUAAGACAGCCCCGCAGACAGACAGCUACAAGCAGGAGCCCUUUGUGCGGCACUGCUUCAACAGCAACUCGCUGCCGAGACACGCUCCUGGGGGGAACGAGAACAGCCUGUUGGGCAUGAGGAGCGGGCGGAGGCGAUGGGGGCAGACCACUGUCAAAACCUCCGACAGCUGGGACCGGUUGGACGAAUCCGAAAUCUCGUACUCCAAGAGACCCAGCAUAGGGUCUCUGAAAGAGAAAGCCAGAGAGGAUUCCGUCUGUCGGCCCUCGGAGCCGAAGCCAGUCGGUGUCUACAGCGCCGUGACCAAGUUACCGAGCGAUAGCGACGCGAACCGGAUCGACCUGGGUCUGCCCGGCUCUACGUCCGCCAAACAGCACUACUUUCGACAGUCGAGAUAUCUCCCUGGGGUGAAUCCCAAGAGCACGCCUUUAGUUGUGAACAAGCAGCCAAGCAGAGAUCUAUGGGACAGCUCUGUGGCUUUAAUACAUAAGCCUCACGAACACGUUGGGGCUGGGCUGUCUGUUACCAGGAUCAAUGCAGAGGAAAGUGUCCCCAGCCCCUCAGGCAUGCCUCUUCUUAAAGAAAAGACACUUGACAAAGUAGAGCAGUCCAGAGGAAACUUUGGAACAAACUACCCUACUGGAGGGUAUAUUCCGUCCUUUCAAAAGAAAGAGGUUGGAUCGGCAGGACAAAGGAUCCAUCUUGCACCCCUAGAAGGCCAGUCUGCAAUGGACCUUUCUCCCACAGCUGAUCUUAGAAAUGACAAACUGAGCCCAUCAAAACUAAAGUCCCCUGUCAAUAAAGCCUUGAUUGAAAGAAAUGAAGAAUAUGAAGGGUGGAAGAGUAAGGGUUCCAGAUCUCAAAUCUCAGGAAUGAGCUUGGCGACACAUGGGAGAAACUCUGGCAACCUUCUGUCCAGCGCAAGGCCUAUUCAGUCAGUGCACGGGAGGACAGACUGGGCAGCCAAAUAUGGAAGCCAUCGGUAGCACAGCUAUACGCUCACUGUUUAACUGUAGACAUAUCACACACAGGUGAAGUACAAUAUAGACACUGCACUACGCCAGGAAAACCUGAUUCUGAGAGCUUUGUCUUGAUGCCUCCAGGAAUUGUUGCUAUAAGAACGUACACUCAACAGAGUGCAUGACGUGCUAUGAAGUAUAUUGUAUUUUCACAUUGAUUUUUUAUUUUUUACACAUGGGGCUAUCAAUUUAAUUAUAUUUUAAACCUACUGACUUGAAAAUCAUGUCAGGUAUAUUUCUGUUACCAAGGUAGACUGCUAUGCUAUGCUAUGCCUAAACAUUAAAAACAGCAGGUGUAGCAAAGUCGGCUCAAAUAGGCUCAAAAGUAUGUUCCAAGCAUACCAACACAAAUUUAAUUUCUUCAGCACAUAGAUGCACACAUCAAACAGAAUGAGAUGUAAACCUUAUUUUGGCAUCAUUUCAUAUUAUUUUGUUAAUAAGUUUGUGUCAUUCGUCCACGUUCAAUAUUUUGGUUUUCUUUCCCGACCCCCCUCUGUAUGAAAUUCAAAAGUCAUUUAGCACUUGGAUAGAAUUAGUUUCCAGAUGAUUGACAUCUUUGCAUAUUAAUUUAAUAAACCAUAACCAGGCAAGGUGAAUAUUUAAAAAAAUGUUUUUGAAAUGUGACCUAAGGUCUCUUAAUUGAAUACAAUGUUAUUACAGUAAAUUCCUCAAAUGUUACAUUUUCUUAAUGAAAAGACACAGACUCUAUUUUUAAGUGCAGUUGUAUGCCAAUUUGACAUGGGCAAAAUGGAUGGAUUUCCUGUUUUUUCAGGAUGAAAUAUAAUUUUAAUAUCAUUCAGCACUACCAUGGUAGGAUAACAUCAAGCCACUGCGCUCCUUUCCCAGUGUGUGGUAUUAAGUUUUUAAUAUUAGAAAGAAUGCACAGGAUCUGUUCCAUUAAGUUCAAUGUGUUGAAUAACCUCAGGAUUUCCUCAGUACAGUACAACUCUUAUAAUCCAUUCAAACAUUUGUAAUUUUUGCACACAAAAAAAAGCUUAAGACUUCAUAAGCAACUGCCAAACUCCAGCACUUUUCUGCUUUUAAAUGUUUACUUUUCACUAUAGAAAGUGGAAUGGUAACCACCCAUCAAUUUUUAAAAAUAUAUACACAACAUCUAGAUCCACACUCGUGCUUUGCAAAUCUGAUUGGCUCAGGGAUUCCUAAUGAGUCUUUGGGACUCUACAUGUAAAUAUAAGCAAAGAGCUCUAGUUCAAAGUUCUUCUGUUCACUGUACCCCAGCACAUUGAUUAUCUGAUAAUUGUUCUGUCUAGAGUAAUCAGCUUGCUGUACUGCUGGCUUAAGAAAUAAAUGCCAUUCAUGUUUGCAUUUAAUUUUACACAGCCAUAUUUACAGAGGAAAGUUCCUUUUGUGUAUUUAUAUUUAUCUUGAAUAUUAAAAUAACAAUGGCCAUAAA